UGCACCCCCAGGGCGGCGCCGCGGACCCCUCCCCCAUCGAAGCCACCUUCAACGGAAAACGUGGGGUCCCGGCGCAGCCGCUUCUGGCGGCAUCUGCCGCUCCCCAUCUCGCAGGAGAGCCCGCCCCGAAGGAGGGGCCGACUCCGCCCCACCUCCUUGCUGCCUCCCUCCCCCUUCUGUUCCUUUCCUCCGGCCGCGAGCCCCCUCCUCCUCCCACCUCCUCCUCCAUCCUUCCCCCACCCGGUUUGUGUGCCCCUCCCGCUGCGACUGGCUGGGAGGCUCGGCCGCCCCCGCCCCGGGAGGGAGGCGGGGGCGCAAGCCGCGGCGGCCACCCGAGGCUGCGGAGGGGAACGAGAUCCGAGGCCCCAGGGCGGCCCUGCAUCUGGACACGGCACGCGGGGGCUGCCUGUGCACCCCCAGCCGAGGGCCGCGGGGCCUGGCCUCGCCGCGGGGUGGAGGAGCCUCCUCGCCCCUGGCCGUGAGCGCCCUGGGCCUUCCUGACCUCGCAGGGGGGCUCGCCCGCAGCCCCCCAUGAGCGCGCCCGGCUGACCGGCGGGCCGGCCGCGGUGGAGCCCAGGCGCCGCGGGGGCGGCGGGGCCAUGGCCUCGCUGGACCUGCCGUACCGCUGCCCCCGCUGCGGGGAGCACAAGCGCUUCCGGAGCCUGUCGUCGCUGCGCGCGCACCUGGAGUACAGCCACACGUACGAGACGCUCUACAUCCUCUCCAAGACCAACAGCAUCUGCGACGGCGCCGCGGCAGCUGCAGCCGCCGCUGCCGCCGCCUCGGGCUUCCCGCUGACGCCCGAGCCCGCCGCCCUGCUGGCGGUGCCCGGCGCCCGGCGCGAGGUCUUCGAGAGCACGUCCUUCCAGGGCAAGGAGCAGGCGGCCGGGCCGUCGCCCGCUACGCCGCACCUGCUGCACCACCAUCACCACCACGCGCCCCUCGCCCACUUCGCCGGCGACCUGGUUCCCGCCAGCCUGCCCUGCGAGGAGCUGGCUGAGCCCGGCCUCGUGCCCGCAGCCGCCGCGCGCUACGCGCUGCGAGAGAUCGAAAUCCCGCUGGGGGAGCUGUUCGCCCGCAAGUCCGUGGCCUCCUCGGCUUGCUCGACGCCGCCGCCCGGGCCGGGACCCGGGCCCGCCUCCGCCUCCCCCGCGUCCCCCUCACCCGCUGAUGUGGCUUACGAGGAGGGCCUGGCGCGCCUCAAGAUCCGUGCGCUGGAGAAGCUGGAGGUCGACCGGCGGCUGGAGCGGCUGAGCGAAGAGGUGGAGCAGAAGAUCGCAGGCCAGGUGGGUCGGCUGCAAGCCGAGCUGGAACGCAAGGCGGCAGAGCUGGAAACGGCGCGACAGGAGAGUGCGCGGCUGGGGCGCGAGAAGGAGGAGCUGGAGGAGCGUGCUUCCGAGCUCUCGCGCCAGGUGGACGUGAGUGUGGAGCUGCUCGCCUCACUCAAGCAGGACCUGGUGCACAAGGAACAGGAGCUGAGCCGCAAGCAGCAGGAGGUGGUACAGAUCGACCAGUUCCUGAAGGAGACAGCGGCGCGGGAGGCCAGCGCCAAGCUGCGGCUGCAGCAGUUCAUCGAGGAGCUGCUCGAGCGGGCUGACCGGGCCGAGCGGCAGCUGCAGGUCAUCAGCAGCAGCUGUGGCAGCACGCCCAGCGCCAGCCUGGGCCGCGGAGCGGGGGGAAGCGGUGCCGGGCCCGGCCCCCGGGGUCCAGGCAGAAUGCGAGAACACCACGCGGGCCCGGCCAUGCCUAGCACAUACGCCGUGUCAAGGCAUGGCUCCUCUCCCAGCACAGGGGCCUCCAGCCGUGUCCCUGCUGCAUCCCAGAGCUCAGGCUGCUAUGACAGUGACAGUCUGGAGCUACCCCGGCCAGAAGAGGGGGCCCCCGAGGACAGUGGCCCUGGGGGCUUGAGCACACGGGCCCAGGCUGCCAACGGCGGCUCGGAGCGUACCCAGCCCCCUCGCAGCUCAGGCCUGCGGCGCCAGGCCAUCCAGAACUGGCAGCGCAGACCCCGCCGACACAGCACGGAGGGGGAGGAGGGUGAUGUCUCGGACGUGGGCUCCCGAACCACGGAGUCAGAGGCUGAGGGCCCCUCAGAUGCCCCCCGCUCUGGGCCUGCUAUGGCCGGGCCACUGAGCAGCUGCCGGCUCUCAGCCCGCCCCGAGGGAGGCAGUGGGCGGGGUCGGCGAGCUGAGAGGGGCAGCCCCUCACGCUCCAACGAGGUCAUCAGCCCAGAGAUCCUCAAGAUGCGAGCCGCCCUGUUCUGCAUCUUCACCUAUCUGGACACACGCACGCUGCUGCACGCUGCCGAGGUCUGCCGGGACUGGCGCUUUGUGGCUCGUCACCCCGCGGUCUGGACACGGGUGCUGCUGGAGAAUGCCCGCGUCUGUUCCAAGUUCCUGGCGAUGCUGGCUCAGUGGUGCACCCAGGCCCACUCGCUGACGCUGCAGAACCUGAAGCCCCGGCAGCGGGGCAAGAAGGAGAGCAAGGAAGAAUAUGCCCGGAGCACCCGAGGCUGCCUGGAAGCAGGGCUGGAGUCCCUGUUGAAGGCCGCUGGGGGGAACCUGCUGAUCCUGCGCAUCUCCCACUGUCCCAACAUCCUCACUGACCGCUCACUCUGGCUGGCCAGCUGCUACUGCCGUGCCCUGCAGGCCGUCACCUACAGGAGUGCCACAGACCCCGUGGGCCACGAGGUCAUUUGGGCUCUGGGUGCAGGCUGCAGAGAGAUCGUCUCCCUCCAGGUGGCGCCACUUCACCCUUGCCAGCAGCCUACGCGCUUCAGUAACCGCUGCCUGCAGAUGAUCGGCCGCUGUUGGCCCCACCUUCGGGCCCUGGGGGUUGGGGGCGCUGGCUGUGGGGUGCAGGGCCUGGCAUCACUCGCAAGAAACUGCAUGCGGCUGCAGGUCCUGGAGCUGGACCAUGUAUCGGAGAUCACCCAGGAGGUGGCAGCUGAGGUCUGCCGGGAAGGCCUGAAGGGACUGGAGAUGUUGGUGCUCACAGCCACCCCCGUCACCCCCAAGGCCCUGCUGCAUUUCAACAGCAUUUGCCGGAACCUCAAGUCCAUCGUGGUCCAGAUUGGGAUUGCUGAUUAUUUCAAAGAGCCCAGCAGUCCUGAGGCCCAGAAGCUGUUUGAGGACAUGGUGACAAAACUCCAGGCCCUACGACGGAGGCCCGGCUUCUCUAAGAUCCUGCACAUCAAGGUGGACGGCGGCUGCUAACCCGGGGUGGGGGGCGGCAGGGCCCCUGCCGGCCCCACACCAGGGCACUCUCUUUGGACCUCCAGAGGGACCCUGAUUUGGACUAGACCUUCGGAGGCCUUGUGUUAUCCCUAGCUUCCAGGGAAGGGUUGACAGUUUCCUGUCCUCCUCUUGGGACAGCGGAGCAACGGGCCUGAUGUUGGGCACUGGCUCUUCAGGGCAGGGGCUUGGACAGAAGCUGCCCUCCGACCCCCACUCCACCCCCAACUGGAGCAGCCUUCUGGGCACAGCCAGGAAGGAGCUGAGUCACCACCAGCACCCGGUGUCAUCGCCCCGAGGACGUGCCAUAAUCACUGAGUGGCUCCUCGGCUGCUUGGGUCGCUGGGGCAGGCCUCCCCUUGUCAGGGGCCUCUGCUAGUCCCCAGGCCAGACGGGGCUCCCCAAAGCAGCUCAGACUUGGCAAGAAGGGCUCUUUUCCUCCCCCUGCCCUGUUCCAGCUCUCUGUGGGGCACCCCCAUCAGACAGCCUGCCGAGGCUCUGGGUCCACAUUCUCCAGGGAUAACACAGACAGGCCUUGGGGGUCUGGGAAUGUGGUCAGCCAAAAGUGGGGGGCAGGGGGCAGUGAGGUAGUGGAAUGGGCUUGGAAUGGCAAAACAUUCAUCUAGAACUUUUCCCCAGGAUACUGAAACUACCACUCCCAAAGUGGGGAAAUUGCCAAGUAGAGAAAACUUAGUUUUUAUUGCUGUAGAAACAAGACCCCUCCUCCCAACAACCACAUACCCCCAUGGCACACCAGAGCUAAAUUCAGAGCUAAAAGGUGCAUGUUUCUAUACCUUCCACCAAUCCUGAGCCUCUGGCGAGGCAAGGAGCCAGCUCUGGAAAUUUUAUCAGCAGUGAGAAGCAGUUCCUGUCCUCAAGAAACAACUUCUAUUCCAGGUGCUUGGGCAGCAAUGUAAUGGACUCUGGAUCUCCAGUGCUGUGGUGGGAGGGAGUCACUGGGCUGCCUUCUGUGCUGGAGUCUGGAGGAGGCCAGGAGGGUGGUUUGGGCUGCUUCCUUGUCUGGCUAGCUUGCUUGAAGAUGUAGCCUUGGUAGGGAACCAGACGCAUGAGGCCAAGAAUGAGGAAGAGCACCCUCAUCAGACUUGCCUCCCUCCCCAGUCUCCACUGGCCCUAUGGACUGGGGGCUAUGCUGGAGUUCUUUAGCCUAGGGGCAGUGCUGGGGCCUGAGCCACAGCCAUUUGGCUUAGAAGUCACAGAACGCAAGCAGGUUUUCACAGACUUGCACGGUUCCAGCAAGACCAGGUUCUGGCACUAAGGCCCCAAAGACUCAGGUCUCCCCAGUUCCUACUCUCAGAACCCUCACAGUGGUGUAGAGGCCACGGGUCCUGCCAACAUUCAUUUGGAAAGUUCUUUCAAACAUUAGCCUCAAUCCAUCUUAGGGUUUCCUUCUCUCCUAUACAGGACCAGCUUUGCCCUAACCAUUAGGUUGCUGGUCCUGGCUGGGGCUGGACUCCUCUAGUUUCUCAGCCCUUUGCAGUGACCCAACUUUCUGCCACAGCCUGGCUUAGACAUCAAGACCCAGCCUGGGUUACCCUGUAAUGAGUCCUCCAGAGCAGGGACCCCACAGGCUCAGCAUCCAGCUCCCCUGGCUCCACACCCAGCUCUGUCCCAGCUCUUGUUGAUGACUUUUCCUCCCGUGGCUUAUUCUGGCCUUGCCCUUUGAAGACCCCAAAUACCAAGGGUGUCAUGUUGGCAAUUCCCUGUCCAGUUGUGCACAAAGCCUUGGCUGUGUGGCAUCCCCCACUCCAGAGCGGCUGGCUCCACUGGCUCCCACCUCCCCGGCCUUGUCCCCCGGAGUCACAGGAAGAAGCACAACUUUUCUCUGUCCUCCAGGGACCUGGAAAAAAUAUGAGGGUACCCUGGGUGCAUCUGUCCUGCCUUGCCAACUGCACCCUUUACAGCUCCCGCUUGAGACCUUAGGACCGGAGGUGCUGCCCACCCAUGCCCCCGUUCCCCCCCCCCCCCCAAUCUCCUGGACAAAGCACAAAGGGAUGCCCUGCUUGCUUGGCCUGAGCCUACCUUACUGAGGGAUUUUUCUGCCCCAGGAAGCUUCCAUCCCUGAAUAGAAGGCUUUGGGUAAUUUCUCCCGGGGUGGACAGCCACUGGAAUGUCAGGAAAGGAGGUCAGGGUGCAUGGGCAGUGAGCUAGAGUGGGAGAAAGUGCUGAAAGAACUGAUUCCAGGAGUAGGUUCAUUCACCCACUCCACCCACCCAUCCACACAUCCUUGCAACAGCCCUGACCACCACCAGCACUGGGGGCAGAAGAGUGAACAGGGCCUCCCCUCUCCUGGCUGGCAGGAAGUUUGGCCAGCAAGUCCCCACCUUGUAUUUGCCAGCUUAGUGUGUGUGUAAAGGAUGUGUGGGAGUACGUAUUGCACAGGCUCCUGCCGACGGGAACGAUGGGUCACAGCGUGUUCUACCGCACAGCUGCCCCUGGGGCUGACAGACUCCUGCACCCUGGACUUCACGUGUGCUGAGAACCGGAAAGUUGCAGGCCCCCUGUCCCCCAACUCAGCUAUUUUUUGACUCUCAGCGGGAUGAGCCCUGCUGCUGUGCGGGGAGCUCGUCUGCAGGCCUGUUCCAUUUGUUCACUUCUUUGGCAACCACACAGCAGGCUGAGGAUGGAAAACAGGGACGGAGGGCCUGGCCAUCCCUGAGGCACCUUAUCCCUCACUCACUCAAAGGAGAAUCCUCCUCCAUCUCACACCUAGUAAGAUGCAAGGGAGGGGAGUACCUGAGAGACCCAAUCAAGGCAGGCCCUGCUCGGGGGUCCCGGGCACAUGCAGAGGUCCCAUGGGCCCCAGCACUUGGUGUCCCUACCACCUCUCCCUGUUAUAUAGCCUGCAAUGGUAGGCUGACUCAUCAGGCUUUGCUUGGGCUGCCUCCCCAUGGCACCAGCAGGGAACAAAGGAGAUGCUGUGUAUGUCUGACCCCCCGGGGAGAGGAAAUGUGCUGCCCAGAACCAUGGCUUUUCACUGGCCGAGAAACCACCUAAGGAGCAAGGCAGUCCAGGAUUUCCUGGUCCUGUGAGUGGUUUGAGCCGGCCUCUCAUGGGAAGUCCUUCAACAACGAAAAAGCCACCUCCUUCCCAACGCCUGCUGCUCCAAGGUUUGGCUCCAUCCUUUCCCUUGGGUUCUGCUUGUUCCCCUGGUCCUUUGGGCCAUGGGUGGGAAGCUGCCCAGUCCCUAAGUCCCUCUAAGGCACUAAGCUGAAGACCUCUCCAGAGUGACUACUGGUGCCAAAGACCCAAUUCCUGGUGGACUUGGGUUGAAGACGGGAGAUGGUGAGCGGUGCAGGGCCCACGUGCCCAGAGGAGUUAACUCAAACUGAUGGGAUCUGUCUAGCCCAUCAGUCCUUGAGGAGUAGAAUUCCCUCCCCCAGGGGCCUGGCGGCACUUCUCCUUAACCCUGGUGGUCAUGCUUUCUCACCCAGCCUUGUUCCAGGCCCGCAUUUCUGUAUAUACUGCUGUGUAUCGUGUGUAUGUAUUUAUUCCUGGACAAGUGUAUUCAUCUGCAGCCUUUGCCUGAGGAUAAGGUUUAGGACUGGGUGAAGACCAGAAUACCAGGGCCGACUAAGGCAACCAGCUCCUAUUUCUUCCCCAACCCCCUGGGACCCUGGCCAGUCCCAAGACUGCCCUGACAAUCAGGCAGGCUUCCCCACCAUGAGCCCAAGCCUUGUCUGCCAUUGCUGGCAUGGCUCCAGGAGGCUUGGCCUCGGGCUCCCUGGCCUCAGCCCUGCCCUAGCAGGGGUCCUGCUUUUAGGUUCAGAGGCCUGAGGUGACCUAGGCUUGCCUCAUGAUUGGCACCGGUAGGCCUGGCUCUAGUGGGCACCGCUAGUGGGGACCUCCACAAGUGGCCCCCGGGCCUGCCUUCCCCGCACAGCCAGGCUGCAAUGCGCCUGAGCCGUGAGAGGGUAGCUCCUCCACCCCCAGCAAAUGAGGUGGAGGGGUGGAGAGCAUUUUUUGGUUUUGUUUCUGAAGUGGUGCCUGUACCUCCAGCCCCCAGGGGGCCUUCCCUGGCCCCACUUCUCUGCCCCACCCAGGCAUCACCAUCCCAGCACUUUGCUCCACAUUAUCCACAGAUGCCCUGUGCCGAAUGUACCUGAGUGUAUGUAUUUAAAAGGACUCACAUGGGCAUCAGAGAAUUUAUGACUUUGUAUCCAAUAAAAAGGUGGUGAAACUGGAA